AUGAUAGCAAAUAUAUUUCUGCAUGGAAGUAACUUUAGAUUAUUAUUAUUUUUCAAUACUUCGGAUGGACGGGUCCGCAGAUGCUUCAUCGAGUCAAUGCGACAUCUAGCGAGCCAUUUUAAUACUGCAGGUUACUUGAGAACGUAAUAAAGUCUGGUUUCUUUGUAACUAUAUGUCCUGAUAUUUCUUUGACUCAUCGUAAAAGUGAAUCGUUGUCGCGUAUAUCCAAAGUCAGAAAAACAUCAUAUUAUAGACGAAGGCGGUGGACCUGAAUCAAUAAAGGAGAAUAUAACCCUCCUUAGUGCAAUGCAAUCGCAAUGUUGCCGUCCCACCAGCUAACUUUGUUGACCUCGGGUCAUUGCCUUGGCAACGGUAAAGGCCUUAGCAAACAAACUGGCUUUUCCUUUUAAUAUCUGUUCUCCCUUCGUGGCGGUUAAAUAAAAUACUGACAAUCUAAAAUGAUACAACAAGAACUAUUCAUUGUCGUAUUUGUAAUAAUAUACAACGUAUGUAAUAAAUGUGUCUACCUAAGGUAGAAAAACGUGGAGUUUUGAUGAAAAAGGUAACAUAAAACAUUAUUUAAGGAGGGAGGGAGCCAGUAAAUUAGAAAGCAAAAUGGCUGCGUGCAGGACCGUGACGUCGGUGGUCGGGACGACAAAAUAAUGACUUGAGCCCUUUAUUCUACUCCAAUUUAUUCAGUUUAACGAGGGUCAUUAGCGUGAGAACCAAGGUCCAGUAUGAUUAAGCCGCAGCUGGUCCACAGCGACUCUGAACAGAGUUCAAACUCCGACCAAGAGGAACUUCAGGGGCCGUCUACAACCGGCCGUAGGACCACCAGGUACACAGGAACACGCAAGGGCCGGGGGGAUGGCGCGAAGAGUCCGGAAACACUCAUCACAGACUACCCCAUCAAACCCGACAUCACCAUUCAGUGUGAACAGUGCAGGAACUUCAUGGACAUUCGCGACUUUAACGAGCACAGGGCAUUCCAUAAGGCUCUGAAGAUGUAUGGAUAUCAGGGAGUCACGGAGCCAAAUAGCCUGGAAGAGCUCAUCGAAAGGAGAAAGAGGCUCCUAAAGAGGCUGACAUCUGAGGCUACCCCUGAAAAACCCAUCCCGCAAGACAAGCUACGGAAAAUCAACGAUGCCUACGAACUGCUCAAAUCGGACUUGGAGGGCACUUACGAAGUCUUCCGGCAAGUCCGAGAAGACAUCCAGGUAGACAUCGAGGGAAUCGCGCUCAACUGUAGCGCCCAGUGUGCAAGGGCUGUUGGGAUAUGUGCGGAUGCAAAUCCCAGAUGGCGCACAUCUAUGGAAGACUUUGGAGUGUUCCAGAACCACUUCGGCGAAGAUCCAAACAAGACAUUUUUCGCUCUGUACGACGGACACCACGGCCCAUUUGCGGCAGAGGUUGCGUCUGAUGAACUUCACCGAUACCUUAUCGAAGAGGUGGCGAAGUUUGAUUCAGAUGUCGUGUACGAUCGCCCAGAGGAUCUACAACACCCUGAAGACUACUUGAACCUGAAGGACAAAGACGAGACGGCAGUCACGUAUCGCAGCGUCAACCAAGAUGGCGAGACGGCUCGGUCCACGAAAGCAGGCGAGGCCACAGUACCCGGUGAUCCGUACACAGAGGACAUAGCCACGGCGUUCAGACGAGCGCACCAGCAGACUGACUGGGUCCUGACGCGCGGGAGAGACGAGCAGUCCCGUGUACGGUGGAGCGGGUGUUCCACGCUCACGUGCCUCGUACAGAACGCCAACAUGGAGGACGUGUCAGACGAUGAAACAGACGAGGCGAAGACGGCCAGGACAAAUCCUUCGUCCGUAGAGAAGGACUUGCCACAGGAGAAAGGGGUUCUCUUUGUUGCCAAUGCUGGUAACACCCAUGCUGUGUUGUGUCGUGAUGGCAAAACCUAUCGCAUCACCAUGGACCACACCACGUCCAACCCCCACGAGCGCAGCCGCGUCGUACGCACCGGGGGCACCAUCACCGGCAGCAAGAAACACGGCCGCAUCUUUGGCACCAUGGCAACGACCAGGGGGCUCGGUAACCACGGCGAUGUAAACAUCAAGAAAUGUGUGCUGAAUGAGCCAUUCACGACGUGCGUCUCGAUAGACCAGUACGCACAGUUCCUGAUUCUUGCAUCAAACGGGGUUUGGGAGGUUCUCUCGGACAAGGAAGCUGUGUCCCUCCUUCUACAGAUGGUGCCUGGACAGGAGAUCCCACCGCCAAGCGACCAGCCCCCCAUCUCCAUACAUGGCGGCAGUCGCUGGAACGGACAGAGUUCCUUCGCUGGGAGCAACAAGCCAAUGAUAGGGGACAACCAUGCCCUGAACAGAGGAGGGGGGAAGACGGACCGCUCACAGAGGGGAGGGGCAAGAGCACAGACCGCGCUGUCCGUCAAACUCCACACUCCACGGGAUGUAGACAAGACAGCAGAGAAGGGAAAUGAGGGAAAGAAAGAUGACAAAAAAGAUGAAAAGGAGAGAGCUAAACUAGAGGAGAAACUGGACAUCGUGAGUAAAUCUCUGGAGCAAGGACAGAAUCAGGAAAAAUUUGACGAUGAAGAGGUAGAGGUUGGUAGUGUCAUAUCAGAGAACAUCAAGAUUCUGGAAGCUGAUUUUGGUGACCAGAAGUCAGAAGUUGAGUCGCAGAAACCCAUACAGAACUACCCAGCCAUAUACACCCAGUCCGAGCUGACUUGCAUGCCGACCAAGAGAGAGAUGUACUGUAACCUGGCUAAACUGAUGGCUGAGAGACUGGUGCAGAGUGCCUUACUGGCAGGGUCUAAGGACAACAUCACUGUCAUGGUGGUGCUGCUACCUGGCUGCAAGAUUUGAACUUGAAAAUAAGCUAAAUGUACAAGAACUUCUGGAUUGAAGUAAAAACAUUUGUUGAGAAUUGCCUGUACAUGUACUGAUACAUGUAGCCAUAGUUAGAUUUCAGUUGUGAAAUUGCACAAAAUUUCCACAUUGAUAUAUUUACGAUGCAACAACAGCAAACACUAUGUGAUUUCAUGAAGAGUCGUUUUGUAAAAUAGCCAUAUCACUUGUGUGAUUUUUUGCAGUUGGCCAUUACUCAGUAUGUUAUGAAGUCCUGAUAUCCAUCCAAGAGCACUUGGAAUCAUGAAUACUAACCUUCUAGUGAAUCUUGUUGGACUGUGAGGUGUAAAAUGGGGAGACAUAAAAAGGCAACAUCGUUGUGCCAAUCUAUCAAUUGAAAGAUUUUGCAAUUUUGACAGUAGACUAAAUAAAAGACGUGUAAAUUGAGAGACAAAACUACUGGCUUUAACAACUAUAUAUAUGAACAGAUGUUGUCUAAUUUCUUGCACCAAUAAGUGUGACUGUAAAGGCCUGGUGAGCAGUUUGCAUUGUUUUUGUAAAAUUGUGUAGUAUGAACUUGAGUCAUGUCACCUUCUGGUAACUGGCACCUGAUCACAUAAUGUUCAUAUCAACUAACUGCCAGAGCUGUAAUGGUACAAUAAAGUCCAGUCAGGUCUUA